GGAACCGCGCAGCAGCAAGAUGUCCCUGAGCUCCCGGUCCCCAGAGCCCGGGGCCAGCGAGAAGGCGCUACGGGCGGCCGCCGUCUCCACCGGCCCCUCCCUGGAGUUAUGCACCUUCCCCUCCACCCUGGGCUCCUCGGUCGCUGCCGCCGCAUUGGAGCAGCUCUUCGUUGUGGAACAAUCUCUGCAAAGUGACUAUUUUAAAUGCAACGAAGAAGCUAGGACCUUUCUUAAGGACAUUGCUAUGGCUGUAAAGAAAUUGGAAGAAAUGAGAAAAACCACAAUUGAUCUUUUGGAAAUCGAAAGCAUGAAGCUCAGCAGACUGUAUUUUCUAUUGGAAACUCUUCCCAGUAACAUUAGGAGAGAACUGGAAGAAUGUGUCAAAGAUGCUCGCAGAUUAAAUCUUUUUGAGAUAAGUCAAUUAUGCCUGAAAAUUACAAGGAUGAAUAACAAAAUAGAAUUUCUGAAGAAGAAAAUACUUGAACUGAACAAACUUAAUAACACUCUAGGUGAAAAGCAAGAGGAGCUGGCGAGGAAUCACGAGAAGGCUGUCCUGGCGCUCAACCACACAAUGGAAGAAAGAGUAACGGCCACAGUUUACAUCAAUGAGACUCAUACCCAAAUAAACAAGAAAAAAGAAGAAAUAGAAGUGCAAAGAAAAUGUACCCAAGAGAUAGAAGAGCAAAUGGAAAAAGAAAAAGCAGAAUACUUGAAAAGAAAACAAAAAUUGAGUGAAACAAUUGAAGAAUACAAAAAACUCUGUGAACUGAAGAGAAAGGAGACUUAUAAAAGCAAGAAGGACUUGGAUAGAUUAAAGAUUAAAAUGUCAAAAAUGAAAGAAACAGUUACACACAGCACAUUGGUUCUUAGUGAUCACAACUUAGAGAUAGCACAACUGCAUGAAUCAAUAAGACAUUGGGAACAACAGGUUGAAGAAAUAAAGAAAUCCUAUAAGACACUGGAGGAUAAAACACUUUUUUUAAUAAAUAACAAGGUAAAACUGGAGAAUGUAACUUAUCAUAAAAAAAAUGAAUUCUUGAUGAAGAUAACACAGAUGGCUGAAAAACUAUAUGAAGGUCAUUUAAAGAACAAAGAUCUACAAGAGAAAUUGUAUACUCUUCUCAGACAAUACAAGAUUGUUUUACAUGAGGAGGGUAAAGUUUUCAUCGAGAAACAGGAAAUUUGUGAUGAAAAUCAGAAACUACUGACAUUAAUUGACCAGAAAGAAAAUUUACUCUCACAAAGAAAAGUAGAUAUCAAAAAUAUGGAAGAAGGACUUGUCACACUCCACACUCUUCACCAAGCAACAAAGGAAGUAUAUCAGAAACAAAUAAAAAUCCUGUGUGAUAACCUGGAAAGAGAGAGUCAGAGAUGCAUUAUAACUCAGUGGAAAAUAGUGUGUUUGCAAAAAAAGCACACACGUUGGAUGAAGAGGAUAAAGAGUGAACUAAGAGAAAUUACAGAUAAAAUUCAGGCUGCAGAACUUAAACACAAUGAAUUACUACAAGAGACCAGUUAUAGAGAAAAAGAGAUCAAUGAAUUCUUGGCACAGAUUGAACAACUUACAAUAGACUUAAAACAAGAGGAGGAGGAAUUUGUUGUCAAAGAAAAACAGUUAAUUCAAGAACUGAACAAGUAUGAGGAUAAAAUGAAGCAAGAAUUAAAACAAUUACAAAAUCAAGAAAGCUAUAAAAUCAAAACUCAUUUUGAAAUUCUAAAGAACUUAGAAAAUGAAAUCUAUGUCCACGACCUAGAAGUAGAUGCUUUGCUCCUGGAAAAUAAGAGAUUAAAAGAAUGUAUAGCGCACAUGAAGGAAAACAUAGAGCAAUACAAAAAGGGGCAAGAAACCCUCAAGCACGCCUCAAGUAACCUGACUUGGCAAGUGGUAGAUCAGCAGACACAAUAUUUGGAUUUAUGGGCUGAAUUUAAGAUGACAGUUAAGAAAUUGGUAGACAGUGGUGAUGAGACCUUGAAGGAAAUAAAAAAUCUAAUAGACAAGCUGUAUGAAAGAGAUGAAAACAUUGAGCAUAUCAGUACUUGGCUACAAGGGAAUCUUGAAGAGCUGCAUUUUCUCAUGGAACAGGAAUUGCCAGUGACCUUGGUUGUGGUCCUGCUCAAGCCCGGUGAUGCUUAUGUGUAA